AUGUCGAGCGACAGGUCCUCUGGGGUAUGGCAGAAGACCAAAUCGUCGAGUAAGGCCGGAUUUGACAAGGUUUGGGGCUGGGCGGAUAAGCUCGGCGCUCCUAUAAACCGACUGUCUAACAAGGUCGGAUCCGAAGCAUUCUGGCCGACAACCUUGGACAAAGAGAGCGACAAGGCAGCUCGCAUCCUCAAAAGCUUCUGCAAGGAUGGCUUUUACCAAGAAGAGACUAAACCACCGGUGGACGGGCCGAAGCAGAAGCAGAAAGUGUUGAAACGGAUACCUACCGAAGUUAUCAAAAAUGCGAAGGGCCUCGCGAUAUUCACGACCAUGCGUACGGGGUUAUGGGUAUCUGGAGCAGGCGGAAGUGGUGUUCUGAUCGCACGGAAACCCGACGGGGGCUGGUCGCAACCCUCUGGCAUCAUGCUCCACACUGCUGGACUGGGCUUCUUGAUCGGAGUGGACAUAUACGACUGCGUGGUGGUUAUCAACACUCAGGAGGCGCUGGAAGGCUUCUCAAAACUUCGAGCCACGGUCGGAGGCGAGAUCAGCGCCGUGGCCGGCCCAGUAGGGAUGGGCGGAUUGAUGGAGAGCGAGGUCCACAAACGCCGGGCUCCGGUAUUUACGUACCUCAAAUCCAGGGGCUUCUACGCGGGUGUCCAGAUUGAUGGCACCGUGGUCGUCGAGCGAACGGACGCGAAUGCCGAGUAUUACGGACAGGAGAAAAUCUCCGUGAAAGAAAUCCUAGCUGGAAACGUCCCCGUACAGGAGGGAAGCAGACGGUUAAUAGCCACAUUGAAAGCUGCGCAAGGGGAUAAUGACGUGGAUGAGUCUCUUCUGCCGGAUGAGGCUCCCCCAGGCGACUUCGAGAUCGAGAAUGAGGCCCACAUAUUCGGAGUCCCGGACCAGCAGGAUCCAGACCCCUACGGUGUUCUUGCCCUCCAAAGCCAAGGCCUGGAUAUCCGAGAAGCCGGUUCCCGCCAACGACCCUCACUCGACCACUUCAGCUUCCGACCGAGCCCUUCCAGCCCUGUUUUCGAAGCGUUCAACCGGCAAAGUAUGGACACUAGCGGGAGCCGACGAAGCAGUUGGCGGACAUCG